AUGGCGGCGAUGCCAGAAAAGACGGGUGACCCGUUUGAGCUCGGACCAGCUCCCAAGAUGGCCGGCGAGAAGGGGAGUUCUGAGGAUAUUUCUGGCAAGGGAGAUUCCAUUGAUGCCAAGGGAGCCUCCAUUAAGGAAGUCCCCCUUCCGGCUUACGAUGCCGAAUCGCUCUCCAAGGAGAACGAGGGUCCCCUGCAGACGGCGGAGGCGAUUGUCACUCAUGUCAUUCAUGUUGACGACGACCCAACCCUCAGCCCAUGGACGUUUCGAAUGUUUUUUGUGGGUAUCGGAUUAUCCGCGUUCGGAGCCGUCCUCCAAGAAAUCAUGUACUUCAAGCCUCAGGUCGUUUACGUCUCCGUCAUGUUCUUGACCGUCCUUGCGCAAACCCUUGGUUCUGCCAUGGCGACAUUUAUUCCCAGAAAGGGGGCCAUCGGCCGCUUCCUUAACCCCUUCCCAUGGAACCGAAAGGAGCACACCGCAGCAGUCCUCAUGGCAUCCGCUGCAGCGGUCUCCGCCUUGUCGACAGAGGCGUUGGCUGUGCAAAAGCUUUGGUAUGGAGGAUAUCCGAACGAGGUGGCGGGCAUCUUCAUUACCCUUUCCUCGCAGCUCAUCGGGUACGGUGUUGCAGGCAUGUACCGAAAGGUCUUGGUGUAUCCCACAAAGAUGUUGUAUCCCGUCAACCUGCCUAUCACAACUGUCAUGGAAACUUUGCACAAGCCCAAAGCGGAGACCAAGCAGAGAUUCAAGAUCUUUUGGAUUGUGUUUGUGGCAAUCUUUUGCUGGGAAUGGUUCCCCGAGUACAUUUUCCCGAUUUUGUCUGCGGUUUCGAUUUUCUGCCUGGCCGACCAGAGCAACCCUGUCUUCACCAACCUGUUUGGUGGCUCUCAAGGUAAUGAAGGCAUGGGAUUCCUGUCAGUCUGCUUUGACUGGAAUUACAUCGCCGGCUUCGGGUCACCACUUUGGAUGCCUCUUCAGACCUUGACCAACAGCUUCAUUGGCUACCUCGUAGGUAUUGUCAUCUCCAUGGGCCUUUACUACACCAAUAUCUGGAGAGCUCGGGAUUUCCCUUUCAUGUCUCAACUUCUCUACGACCCAAGCUCAAACACGACCAAUUACGUCCAAUAUAACGAGACUGCCGUCUUGAAUCCCGACUUUACUGUCAACGGCACUCUGGUGGAUCAGGCUGGCGCCCCUUACCUCACUGCGACAUACGUGAACUAUCUCAUCACAUCCAGCGCUGGUCUCACCGCCACCAUUGUUCACAUGUUACUCUGGAAUUACCCCGAAGUGAGCCUUGGAUGGGCUUGGGUGACCAUGAAGAGCUUGAAGAGUCUUCUUGACCCUUCGUCGUUCAAGUUCUGGCAACACACCGGUGUUCGAACUGAAGAGGAGAAGAAACAGAUCCUUGAGGACCCUACCAUUGACCCCCAUUAUAAGUUGAUGCUUGAUUAUGAGGAAGUCCCAAACAGUUGGUACUUCUGCGUCUUCGCCGCGAGUUGGAUCGCUGGUAUUGUAUCCUUAUACGUCAUGAAGUCUACCCUUCCAUGGUGGGGCUUCAUCCUCGCGACCAUCUUCCUGCUCAUUUUCAUGGUCUUCUUCGGAGCGCAGUAUGCCAUCACGGGCUUUGGAUUCAACUUGCAGCCAGUCUUCCAAAUGCUUGCCGGCUACAUGAUGCCCGGACGUCCCUUGGGUAUGCAUCCCAUCCGUUUGAAACACAUAUCCCUAUUCAUUUCAACUGACAAAAUUUCAGCCAACAUGUACUUCACUACCUACACUUACAAUGGCCUCAAUCAAGGAUGGCUGCUUCUCCGCGAUCUCAAGCUAGCUCAGCAGAACAAGUUGUCUCCCAAGGCUACGUUUGUCACCCAAAUUAUUGGCUGCAUCAUGGGUGCCCUUCUUAACUAUGUCAUGAUGAUAAGCAUCGUUCAAAACCAAGCCCCCAUUCUUAAGUCUGCGGAAGGUAGCAACGUCUGGUCUGGUGCCCAAAUUCAGCAGUUCAACACUCUCGCCAUCGCGUGGUCCGUUGCUCCCAAGAUGUUCUCCAUUGGCGCUCGCUACCAAUGGGUCACGAUUGCAUUCCUGGUCGGCUUCCUUGCUCCAGUGCCAUUCUACAUCAUGCACCGUCUUUUCCCCCAGCAGCGAAUUUGGGCGUACUUGAACUCGGCCAUCAUGCUGUGGUACAUGGGAUAUCUUUUCGUGGGUCUCAAUGCGUCUGUCACCAGCUACUUCAUCCUCGGCGCCUUCGGUCAAUUCUAUCUGCGACGCUACCGACCGGAAUGGUUCCUCAAGUGGAACUACCUCAUCUCCGCUGCACUUGACGGUGGCACUCAAGUCAUGGUGUUCUUGGCCACUUUUGCUGUCUUUGGUGCUUCUGGAAAGGCAGUUCCCUUCCCAACAUGGGCAGGCAAUCAUCCCGACAACCUUGACUAUUGCGCAUACAAUUCUCUGUGA